AGCGCUCACUAAGUGAGUCGAGGGAGGAGAAGUUGCAAAGAGAAGCAGCAACAGAUAAAACUGAGGAAGCUGCGGAGAAAGAGGGGAGUGAUGGAAAAGUAUGUGCGGAGGAGGUAGACACUGGGGGAGGAGGUUUCACUCAACCCACAGCUCCUCUCAGUUUCUCAGGAUUUCCCUCCCUGGACGCUGCUGCUGCCGCCGCUGCUGCUGCUCUAAGUGCCUUCUACUCAUGGGCCAUAUUCUUCCAUAUCAGGAGCUGGAUUUCGACAAACAUUGAAGUGGACUGAAUCGGACGAGACAGCGAUGCAGAAUCUAAAGUUAACUAUUUGCGAUUGAAUGAAGUUUGUGCUGAAAAGGUGUUUGUCGGACCUGAGGAUUACUGAGAGACAUAAAAGCAGAAAUAGUGGUUAACUUGCUGAUUUAAAAUCAUCCCAAGUCCUAUAAGUAGAUGCCUGUUCAAUGCUUUUGAUUAUUUGGACAGUGCAGCCUUAUUCUACCCAGUUUCACUUUGCAUGAAAUUCAGAUUUUUGAUCCUGACAGGUUCGUCUCAGAAGAUGAUCUCAUCCUGAAUAUUGCGAGUAGAUUCCACUGAGACUAGAAGGUCUGAUUUUCAGUUAAAGGGCAUUAAAAGCAUGUUUUUGUUCCAGUGAUGAGGUUUCAGGAAUUGCUUGUGUGGUCAGCGCACAUAAUGGGGUAAUUUAUUUCUAAUUGCUAUUGUUGUUUCGCAGUUUUAAGGCAAUGGAAGAUAAGAAGACUUUGGUAUUUCAUGCUCUGUUCUGUCAUAAUCUGUCAGUUGUACUCAGCCAGGCUUUCUCCCAGUUAGUAGGUGCAAAAUCAUGAAAAUGGACACAGAGGCUGUACUGAAUUCUCUGCUUAUCCCAAAAGACAUUUUCAUCUAAAACCAAAAUGUGAAUUAUGAGCCUAAACUAUGACGUGACGACUGAUAAUAGCUGUUUGGAUUAAGAGGGUGAGCAGUAACUUGUGUCUUUGCCAUUCUGAGCUCCCGAGAGUGCGAGCAGAAGGAAAUUCUGGAAAGUGACUCUAAACGUCUCGUUUAAUGCACUGUAAUAAAUGACUCGUGACACAACCCCCAUUUUCCCUCAUGGGUCUAGAGAGGGAGGUUUUCCAUAUAUGUCGGCGUCCACAUAUUUUCCACUUCAGCAUCAGUGUUGACAUUGGAGCAGCCUUCGUCCAGCUUACUGGCCUGGCUCUCAUGCUGUCUCCCGGGCCUGGAAAAACAAACCCAUGCUUUCAGCCACCGACCAGACUGAUCCCUGAUUGCUUCUGUUGAAAACACUUGUUGUUGAUUCACCGAGCCCAGCUUUACUUGGGUCGGCCAGACUCCCUUUAUCGUCUUUCUCCUCGGGGCCAGGCCUCGUCGUGCUGGCUUGGCCCUGAGUGGGCCCCCCACCCCCCCACCCUGUCCUGAAGUCAUGGGGAUCCAGGGCAUGGAGCUGUUUGCCAUCGGCGUGGUCAUCAUCCUGUUCAUGGCAGUUCUCAAGCAGUUUGGCAUCUUGGAGCCCAUGUCCUCAUUUGAAGAUGACAGCAGCGACAGUGAUCUGGAGCUGUCGACGGUGCGUCACCAGCCGGAGGGGCUGGACCAGCUGCAGGCUCAGACCAAGUUCACCAGGAAGGAGCUCCAGUCUCUCUAUCGAGGCUUUAAGAACGAGUGUCCCAGUGGAAUGGUUGAUGAGGAGACAUUCAAGACUAUCUAUUCUCAGUUCUUUCCCCAAGGAGAUGCCACCACCUACGCUCACUUCCUGUUCAACGCGUUUGACAUCGACAGAAACGGGUCGAUCCGCUUUGAGGACUUCGUCAUCGGUCUGUCAGUGUUGCUCAGGGGUUCGGUCACAGAAAAGCUCAACUGGGCCUUUAACCUUUACGACAUUAAUAAGGACGGCUACAUCACCAAAGAGGAGAUGCUGGCGAUUAUGAAGUCAAUCUAUGACAUGAUGGGAAGGUACACCUACCCCUGUGUACGAGAUGAAGCCCCCUAUGAACACGUGGACAAGUUCUUCCAGAAAAUGGAUAAAAACCGAGAUGGUGUCGUGACCAUUGAAGAGUUCAUUGAGACCUGCCAGAAGGACGAGAACAUCAUGAACUCCAUGCAGCUGUUUGAGAAUGUGAUAUAAAGAAUCUGGACGCUCCCAGUUGUUUUCCUUCACAAGCCCACAUGAACAACUCUUGCACAAACACAACACACACACAAAUGCACCUCAUACUCUGUACUCCACACACUGCAAACACAACAUCCUGGCACAUAAUGUAGUUACUGUAAAGAUGCAAAGUAGAAGAACUAGAAGUUGUUUUAUUUUCUAUUUCUCGCCACACUUCUUUAGCUGCAACUGCCUCUAACCCUAACCCUAACCCUAACUGCCUCUGGAUUGAAAGGACUGCUACAGACAAAAGAAGAGCUUCCUGGGUAAAAGUCCUCAUCUGUCCAGCCAGUUGUUUUAUUUGUGUCCAAACUGAAGAAACAGGGGAGCUCCUUGUGCUUUUAUCAUCGGACCAAAAGCACCAACAAGGAAUAAAGAAGCUUACUGUACAAUAAUCCACUGACCUGAGCACACAGGGAUACUAGCUUUAACACUAAUACACUUUCUCACACACACUGUUUCUCUUCCAUACACAGAGACCUGCUGGUUCCUCAAGAGGUUUAAGAGCAUUGGAUGAAGUGAACUAACACGAAGAAAAAAAUUGCACAAAAAAAAGAGAAAUGAACUAAAGCAUGUUUGUCAACAAAUAUGUGAUGUGGAAUUAGCUUGCACUACAAUUUUCUGAUGUAUUAUAUGCGCCUGCAAUAAAGGCACUGUAGAUACCUGCACCUGAUACACCGCUGGUGUAUGUAUAUAUGUAUAGUUAUAGUUAAAUGCCCUAUGUUGUAUUGGCCUCAUCUGUGCUGCACUGGGUGAUGGAAUAGGACCAGAGCUGAGUAUUUGUUUUAGAGAUCUCUGUGUUAACCAGUUUGACAUCAUGUUUAGUAGCGGUUCUCCACAGAAUUUCAAUGUAUUAUUCUAAUCUUUCUCCUUUUUUUUGUAUUUUGGAAGAUGAUGUUUAGCUGGUCAAAUUGGAAACGUGAGUCUGUACAUGACUGUGAAGAAACAAAAGGACUGUUAUACGUGUGUUCUUAUUCUGAAUUAAGGCUUUAUCUUGGUUCCUCAGUAUCCACGAGCAUGCUGACUCUAAGUGCCACAGUAUUAUGUACAGUACAGUAGGACCUUUGUGAUGUCGGUUAAUUAAAGAUGCUGUCAACAGCUGUGAUG